AUGGCUGGCGAUGCACCAGAGGACUUUCCGAUGCCUCCGGACGCGGAUCUGGAGGGAGCUACGUGGUCGUCCCGGAGGAUGAAAGAUUGGCUCCGCAAGGGACGCAACGCCCAUGGGUCCUCGGCUUCAGCCCCGGUGCCCGUGAAGGAGGUUGUCCGCGCUUUUCGUCGGCUUUCCUUGCGGCUCCACCCGGACAAGCAAGGUGGACGCAGCCCGAACGAGCAAGUGGCUGCCGCGGAGGAAUAUCUGGCCAUCUCUCAGGCGGCUGGAGGCUGGUCCGACACCGAAGAGGAGGAGUCGUCGGACGCAGACUUCAACA